CGACGGUUCUAUUUAAUUUAAAACCUCUUCACAGUAGACGCCGACGUUGGAUGGGGCCGCCUGGGGCUAAGCACUCGGGGUCUCGCCAUCGCCUGACGAUUGAGGAACAUUAUGAGAAAACGUUGCUUUACAAGAAAGAACGGGAGGAGUUAGCAAAGCUCAAGGAAAGCAACGAGGAAUCUGAUUAUGAGGGCUCUGAAUCAGACGGACCCGAGGACGAGGGAGAGGACGAAGAGAUCCCUGGCGCUGAGGCGGCCCUACUCCGGACGUUGUCAAAAAUACGACAAAAGGACCCUUCCAUUUACGAUAGCAAAACGAAUGUCUUCCAAGUGGAGGCAGCCAAAGAGUCGAAAUCUAUACCCUGGGAUUACAAUCAUCAGCCACCACCAUCCGCACCGACCUACGUAGAAGAACAGGCCAAAUUGCGGUCGGAAACCAUCUCUGCGUUCCACGCAGCUGUUUCAGGAGACGCAGAUGAAGAGGGACUUGGAGCGGGUGUUCUCACGCUUCGCGAAAAGACUGCAGAGGAACUGGAGAAAGAGAGAAAAAAAUAUGGGGACUACCGCAAAAAGGUGGAUGGUAGCGUUAAUAAAAUGACGGCUACCGAAAGGGAGAAUGGUGACGUCAAGAAAAUCGCGGCCACCGAAAGGGAAAAGGAAGAAAAACGUCAUGACGAGUUCUUAAUCAACUUCAUCGCUAACCGUGGCUGGAUCGACCGCGAAUCCCGAACUCGCGAUGAAUCGUCAAAGGUGCAGAAGAACUCUAAUGAGCGUUCGGAGGCCAAGGGACAAAAAACGACUGGUACUGGAGAGGCUGACCCGGAUUCGGACGAGCUGGAGGAAUUUGAAGACCUCGCCGAUCAUUUCGAAAGUACCUACAACUUCAGAUUUGAAGAACCCGGUGGCACAAAGAUCCCGACUUAUCCCCGUAACAUUAUAAGUGUGCGCCGAGACCCAAAAGCCGAGAGGAAGAAGGCGGCCCACGAGCGUAAGAAGGCCAAGAAGGCUGAAGCGAUAACGAAGAAAAGGGAAGAAAUUCGGCGUGUCAAGCAACUCAAGAUGAAGGAACUGAAGAGGAAAUUGGAGACUCUGAGUCAAGCAAAUGGGUUUGCAGAUGAAGAUUUCCAAGGACUAGAUCUUGAAGGGGACUGGGACCCGGCGAAGCAUGACGAGCAGAUGGCCAGACUACAGGCUGAUGGAGACGAUGAAGGUGAAGAGGGCUUGGAGAAGCCAGUUUGGGAGGAUGACAUAGAUGUCCCUGGAGUCGCUCCGUUGGAACUACAAAAGUCGGGGAAGUCAAAAAAGCAACUGAAAAAGGAAGCCCAACGCAAAGCAAAAGCUGCUGCUGCCGUUGCCGAGCAAGGCCUAGGGGUAGACGUCGAAAAAAUGGACGCAGAUAUCGCUACCGUCUCAAAAGAGUGGGAUGGUACUGAAGAGAUGCGUCAGCGCUUGGUAGCUGAAUACUUGGACGAGAUAUAUGGGUUGGAAUUUAAUGAUAUUAUCGGUGGUAAUAUCAAUACCCGCUUCAAAUAUAUUCCAGUACAGAAAAGAGAUUUUGGCCUUAACUCCGCCGAUAUCUUGAUGGCUCGCGAUGAUGAGCUCAAUGAAAUCGCCCCACCGGAGGUGUUCGCACCAUAUCGAAAGAGGUAUUGGGUUGACGAUGCCAGAACUAAGGUGUGGGCGCUACGGGACAAACUUCGCGACCGAUGGGGCGACGAUGGUUGGGGGAAAGCGCCCAAGAACGACGAGAUGCUGCAGCGUCCAGAAAAGGCAAAGGAAACCUGGAAGCCCACGCUUAAUGUGUCGACAAAGAAGGCUCGACGUGGUAAAAAGGAGCGAAUGCAGAAUGGAGGACAGGGAAACUUCGAAGACGCACGACGACCAUCAUGGGGCUCGGGAAACUCUGGGACGACCCAGGUCGGGCCGUCAAGAAAACGUUUUUCGGAACCAAUGGUCAGGGAUGCAGGGUAUGGACAACGAAAGAAACGGAAGCUGGGAACGGACGAGUGAAAUGACUUCAUCUAUAUUACUUUUUUUACAUCGGGCUAUUAUCACUGUACGCCAUUAAUUAAUUUCAACAUGCAUGCCGUCUUGGUAAGAAUUGAGGCGGGG